AUGGACUCGGUCCAUGAUGCUAUUCUUGAUGUUGAGGGUCGACUAGAUUUGGGGGAUGCGUAUGAUAACGCGUUUGGCAUACAGACAAAGGCUCUGCCUCACGGAUAUCGUCUAAUUUACCGGGAGCAACCGGUUUACUCCAUGGAGAACGAACCGUGGUCUGGGGGCAAACCUUUUAUGAUGAAGUUUCGAGAUAAGUCAGGGCUUUUGAAGGAUCGGAACCUCAUUGAGCUGGUCCAGUACAUUAUGCAAACUCGAUUACGUGUUGCAAACCGCAUUGUUCAGGAUGAAUGGGAGAUAGAUGGUAGGCAGUUGAUCCGGGCAUUACAUGCAAGAGAUCAACUGAGCAAGGACAUCUCGAGCUUUGAGGACCAGAUGCAGCAUCUACCGAUGGCGCCGACGAAAAUGAACAAGGAGCUGGUCCGAACACAUCUUCAACUCUUGAGUCGAUUCAAAGCGUCGCUGGAUGGAAGUCCUCGACCAAAGAAUCGAUUCAUGAAGCACUGGAUUCCGUACUCGAUCCAGGAUCGACUUGUCUUGCAUAUAGUUCUUUGCACAACGGCAAGUUUCCUCCACGAGACUGGACGACUACCAAAAGUGCUUCUCCACAUUCACCGGGCCACAGCAGCGCAGAUGCUCAAUGAAUACAUUAGCUCUCCAAAUUUGUGCACGAGCGACUCUGCUAUACUUGCAGUCAACCAGCUGAUCCUGACGUCCUGGUACUGGAGCAGUACUGAGGAAUUGCACGCUCACAUGGCCGGCUUUAAAAAGAUGAUUCAACUUCGCGGCAGUUGUCAGAACCUCGGUAUGGAAGGCUUCACCAGCAAGAUUGCAUUGCUGAACGAUGCUGUGAUUGCUCUAUGUCACGACACGGAAUGCGUCAUCUUCGGGCAACCUGGAUUCGAGUUCGAAGACCCCUUGCGAGUGCCACUUCAAGUAAACCUCAACUCGCCGUUCCUCUUUAAUUGCCCGCCGUUUCUCAUUCUGUCGUCUUCGCUGCGACUGCACAAAGAUACUGCGGAAAUCCUGGACGGCAUGCGGCGUCUGCUGCAGGCAGUUGUUGAGUUGCCGGCUGAUGCAGAUGACACACAGCUAGGCACGGUUCACCUAAUGGCAUCAUCCAUGCUGGCUUACCUGGCGCAGUUGCCAGACCAAGUCAUCCUCGAGUCGGACGGUGGUCGCGAUCUUGCAUCUGACAUGUCCGCGGGCCAAAAGAGAAAGCGAGAGGAACUUGAUGGUACAGCCCCGCCAUCAAGGAGGUCGUCGGCGGCAGAUUCGACUGGGGCAAAAACGUCUGAUGAUCCCCCCGACAUGGUGUAUCUCUGUGUCCGACUCACAGCCCUCAUUUGGGCCCGUGCAGUCCAUGAAAGGGUUCCCACUCGGGAAGUUUGUAGUGAAACGGAAUUCAUUCGCAUAUGGAGUUUUGCAUGGGCGGCCGGGCUGGAUAGGUGGUCGUCGUUGAGUGGCAUCUAUGCGUGGAUGAACAUUGCCAUUGCGCCGCUGUGUCACGCCACCAUCCAUGCGAGAAUGGUCAAGACCUUGACAGUAACGACGUUUACUUACAUGGGCACUGAAAACUGGCAUGUUGCGGCUGAAAUUGCCUCUGCGGCGUUGAAGGUGCAGGCCUGGCUGCGAAAGGGCAAGGAAUCCAAGCCUAGGGGGGCGGUAAGCGGUGCUUUCGGGGGGGAAAAGGCCAUCGAAGAUUUUGGAUUUGCAUUCAAAGAAAACAUGCCGGAUUUGCCGGAUCACCGGUAUGAAGACCAGGCUCAGGAAGCAAGCAUCGAGGAAUAG